AAUUAGCGACCUAACCUACGUCGGCUACGUCGUCAGUCGCCAUGAUACGCUUCUCCUGACGGUCCGUGAUGUGAUAUGAUGAUGAUGAUGCCUCGUCGCGAUGCCUCCACCUUCCGAUAGCGUUCGUCGUCGGCGGCGGUUAUGAGACUCGCGGAGCGUGCGAGCGUGCGAGGGGAUCCGCGAUGCGGGAUCGUGCGAUCAGUGUCUCGUGAUGACUGUGAUGAGCGCGGUAGCCUAUUGCGUGCGGCAGCGUUGUUGGUGUACAUACCUGUAUAUAUAGAUCUCUCUCACCUUUCCUGGCAAUGCGUACCUGACUAAUUAGCACGCCCUUAAAAAAUUGCGCCACGUAUAUUAUAGAGAAAAAAAAGUCGCGUCGACGCACGAUCAUGUCUGCGCUGCGGAAGAAAGCGGGCCGGAGAUCGGCAAGAGAGGCGAGAGCUGACAAUCUUGUAGGAGCAGACGUAACCAUUGACGACUUCGCUAAUACUUUACGGUUACAUGCAAGGUUCAAGAAAUCAGUUACAAAUGUCUCUAAUGAAGUGAAACAGAAAGCAGCUAAACAAGACGAGAAAUCAACGUGGGAUGAAACGGACGAGGAGAACCUCAUGAAAGAUAGUACGAAGGGCAGGAGGAAUAGAAGAAAAUCGAAAUGUCAACAGGAUAACGAUGAAGAGGAAGGAGUAGACUAUCCGCUGGAUAUAUGGUUUAUUAUAUCAGAAUACAUACAGCCUGAAGCGGUAGGAAAGUUUGCAAGGAUUUGCAAAAGUUCUUACUAUGUAACUACCACUGGAAAAUUUUGGUUUCAUUUGUACAAAUUGUAUUACAAAUUUGUACCAGAUUUACCAGAGCGCCUGCGACCACAAUGUAUGAGGUUACAUGGACUGAGGGCUAGCGUUAUCAGGGCAUUGCAUUACAGCUAUUUUAGAACGUCGGAAGGGGAAAGGGACGAUAUGUCUUACUUACGACAGGAGGAGCCGCAUUCUCUCGUGAAAAGAAAAUGCACUCUCAUGUGGCAUAAAGAAGGAAAAGUACGAUGGUAUUUCUACUUUAAGCUGAAGGAAAUUUCCAAAACGCGCAACAGCUCGUUAAAGUCAAGUAUACAGUGCGGUGUUAAAAAAACGGAAUUUCUCGAAAUGUUGGAGGACGUGGCUGUUAAUCCCGAAGAUGGUUGCAAAGUGCUCAGGGUGAGCUGCUUAAAGUACAGUAUGUUACCACCGGUGAUCGGAUUAGUCCUGCAAACAGUGUCUAUGAACUUGAUGCCUGGCUUUAGAGAAUAUCGGCUUCAGCUUGGAUUCGGAACGUCGGAUGUUCCCAGUACACUGACAAAUCAAAUAAUCCUUCGUAACGUUAUCGGAUGUAGUAUCUUCAAUUGGUGGGAUUCCGCCUAUCCUCAUCAGGACGUGGGUUACACGAUCGAAUUACCGCAAAACGACUCGUGGGAUUAGAAUUUGUUCUUAAAGAUUACUCUUAUAUUUUGUGUAUUAGAGAGGGGGGGAGGGAAGAGAAGCUUUAAAUUUUGUAAGAGAAAUAUAUUGACACUUGCAACAAA